AUGAAGAAUGAAAACAAUAAUGAAAUAAAUAUUAAAGGAAUAGAUAAGGCAAAAUGUGGCAAAUCAGAUGAAAGCUGUACUGUUGAAUUUGGCACAGUGCGUAUAAUACAACAGACAAGACAAAUUAGUGUUCAGGUAUUUCUUCUUAUCUUGAAAAUUAUCAUAUUAACCUCUUUCCUUCACAUAUUGAAACAGUCCAGCCAUAACUCUCCGUUUACGCCAGGAAUUAACUCGAACAAUGGAAUACACAAAGUACGCUAUAGAAAAUUAAGAUUGUUGAACGAAAAUAAAUGUACCAAUUCUACUGUUCAGUACAAAUCAGCAUUAUUAAUGAUUAAAGGAAAAAAUGUCAAAUCACAGUGUUCGGAUGAAAGAACAGAAACAAGCAAGUCAAGCUUUAGUUGUUAUAGGGAUUCAGAUGAUGAAUUCGAUGGAGUUGAUUUAUCAGACGAAGGAGUACUGCUAGGGGAAAUGAAUAAAAUUAUAUUACAGGAGAAGUUGAUGAGGGAAGAAUUUUCAAAGCUAAGUAAUCCUCUCCAAGACGAAUAUUUCUCCCUUUAUUUCAAUGAUGAAAAUUGCAUAAAUCGAAUCAUGGACUUGUCGAGAAAAUCAAACAUGUAUAGAAGCAAACUUUUGCGAUUGAAAUAUCGUAUUCGCAGAUAUAUCCAUAAAUUUAAAAGUAAAGUGAAAAUAUUCUUUAUGAGAAAUUAUAAAUACAAAAGAAAUAUUUUAGAAGAAUUUCGUGCUAGUAAUUUUUAUUACUACUUAUGUUCCUAUUUAAAAUGUCCAUUCAGAAUUUUCUUAUCUCAGUUUUCGAAGCUAAAUUCUCAUAUUAAAAGUAAAUAUUAA